ACACCGAGCAAGCGCCAGCCAAAGAAGCUCCGCCACUUGCCAUUCGUCAGUGCCGCCCCCUCCCUCUCACCCAUCUGACAACCUUUAAAACGAAGUCUGGUCCGUCUCGAACCAUCUUUUGGGACUCCUUCUUUUCCACUCUUCAUCUCCCUUCAACUCACCACUUUCUCCCUCCUCUCAAGCGAGAACCUCAUUCAUCUACAUCUUUGCGACGAUACAUCGAUCAUCGCUAUCAUCAGUACAUCAAUCAAACGACAACACCAGCGCCACGAUGCAGAUCUUCGUGAAGACUCUCACUGGCAAGACCAUCACCCUCGAGGUGGAGUCUAGCGAUACCAUCGACAACGUCAAGUCGAAGAUCCAGGACAAGGAGGGUAUCCCUCCGGACCAACAGCGUCUUAUUUUUGCCGGCAAGCAACUCGAGGACGGUCGGACACUUUCCGACUACAACAUCCAGAAGGAGAGUACUCUCCACCUCGUGCUCCGCCUCCGUGGUGGCAUGCAGAUUUUCGUCAAAACCCUCACUGGCAAGACGAUUACCUUGGAGGUCGAGUCCUCCGAUACCAUCGACAAUGUAAAGUCGAAGAUCCAGGACAAGGAGGGUAUUCCUCCGGACCAACAACGCCUUAUUUUCGCUGGAAAGCAGCUUGAGGACGGUCGGACCCUUUCCGACUACAACAUCCAAAAGGAGAGCACCCUCCAUUUGGUCCUUCGUCUCCGUGGUGGCAUGCAGAUCUUCGUCAAGACUUUGACGGGCAAGACCAUCACGUUGGAGGUCGAGUCUUCAGACACGAUUGACAAUGUUAAAUCCAAGAUCCAAGACAAGGAGGGUAUUCCUCCGGACCAACAGCGACUGAUCUUCGCUGGAAAGCAGUUGGAGGAUGGACGCACGCUGUCCGACUACAACAUCCAAAAGGAAUCUACUCUGCACUUGGUCCUGCGUCUGCGUGGUGGUAUGCAAAUCUUCGUCAAGACGCUUACCGGCAAAACCAUCACACUCGAAGUUGAAUCUUCAGACACAAUCGACAACGUCAAAUCAAAGAUUCAAGACAAGGAGGGUAUCCCGCCUGACCAACAACGUUUGAUCUUUGCGGGCAAGCAGCUGGAGGAUGGAAGAACCCUGUCUGAUUACAAUAUUCAGAAGGAGUCGACUCUGCACCUUGUGCUCCGUCUUCGUGGCGGUCAGUAG